UUCUCCAUUUUUAAUAACGUUACUUUUUUACUAACGUUACGGUUGUCUCCGUGUUCAAUUCUCUGAUAACUUUGACUCCGGUAAUUUUGGUGUGAAAGUGACCAAAAUUUACGUGUAGUGUCAGUAUUUCUUGUACGCGCAAUGUCUUGUUUUUUGUUGCUGUAGUAAUUAUCAUGGGAAAGAACAAACAAGCGCGACGAACCAAAAAUAAUGCAAGGCCAUCAAAUAGUAGCAGAAGUGCAGAAUUUUUGGGUACUUCGAUGGUGAAUUUUGUUGGUUUCUCAGCAGUGAAAGAUGGGGAAUAUGUACCUGUAUUACCAGGUUUAACAUUUUGUGAUACAAAUGAAGUUGAAAUGAACAAUGUUGAUAGUAAUGUUCAAAUAAUAUUAAAAAAGAUGAAUAAAAAAGAUUCAACAACCAAAUAUAAGGCCUUACAAGAAUUUGCUAUUUUGUGUAGAGAUUCAGAAAUAUCAAUUGUGGAAGGAAUGUUACCAUUCUGGCCACGGCUAUAUUGUGCCUUAGCAAUAGAUAUAGAACAUAGAGUAAGAGAAGCUGCACAGUUAGCACAUGCAGCUGUUGUAAAACGUGUAGGCAAAGGUAUAGCAAUGUAUUUGAAACAAUUAGCUGGAAUUUGGUUCAUUUCACAAUAUGAUACAUAUCCUCCUGCUGCAUCAAUUGCUACUAAUUCAUUCAAUGAUACAUUUCCACAAAAAAAAAUUAUUGAUGCUAUCGUGUAUUGUCAGCAUGAAAUCCUGAAUUAUAUCUGUGAUAAUGUAACAGCUCUUAGUGCUCUAUCUUUGUUACAGAAGGAUUUCACUGCAGAGGAAAUAGAAGCAAAAUAUCAGAGAAUACUAACAUCCAGUUUACAUGGAUACAGUGUUUAUUUAAAGAAAGUUCCUAUCCAAGAGAUUGAAAAAAUGAUUGAGGUUCAUAAUAAAAUUAUAAGCAGCAACAAAUUUUGGAAUUUAAUCAAAGCUGAUGCAAUUCCAAUUAAAACAGCUUUUUUUACUGUAUUAACAUCAAUGAUUGAGAAUGCUAAUAUAAUAUUACAAAAUGAAAAGAAGAGAACUGUAACAAGUAUUAUAAAUAGUCUUGAUGAAACAGAUCCUGUAUUGUCAUCAGUUGUAUGGGAAUCUAUGCUUGCUACUAUAAAUAAAAUAGAGGAUUGGUACAAUGUAAUAAAUAUUGAAAAACUACUAUUACCAAAAUUAUGGCGUGUUUUACGAAAUGGAGGGCAAUGUUGCGCGAGUAUUAUUUAUCCGAAUUUAUUACCUCUUAUUAGUCAAUUUCCAAAACUAAGUGUUGAUUCUCAUUAUUUAUAUAUAAAUUUCUUCACUUAUAUGCGAGAAGGAUUUUCUGUAAAAAAUGUACAAAUGAGUCAUUCUGAAGCACUUGCGGUAACGACAUCGUUUGUCGAAUGUUUGCGUUAUUCUAUUCUUUUAAAUGUCAAUAAUCAAGAUUUAAGUAAUACUCUGCUCAGAGAACAGCUCAUUCCAUCAUUAGAAAUAUGUUUAAAAGAAACUGGUCCGAUGAAACAAAUGUUUUUUUGCGAAAUUACUCAUUUGGUACGAUACUGGAGUAAAAAUCGAUAUAACAAAAAUUAUAAAUCUUAUAUUUGUUUGAUAGAAGAAUUUUGGCGAAAUCUUGAUAUACUAUUCAUUUCGCUUAUAGAUGCCAGUGAAAAAUCCGAAUCUGGUAUUCUAGAUAUAAAUAACUCCCAAAUAGAAUUUUUAAUUACAUUAAGAACGGCCUCUGUACAUGAUCGUAAAAAUUUAAAAGUGAAAUUCUGUAAUUCAGAAGAAAAUAUAAUAAAUCAAUCUCAAACACAAAAUGAGAAUACUGAUGUGGAGAAUGAUACUGAUGUUGAAUUUCUUACUGAGCUUAAAAAUUUCGUUAAUUCCAUUUGUGUGAAAUAUUUUAAUCAAAUCAUUGAAAAAAAUGAAAAAAAAUAUGUCACAUAUCUAAAUAAACUUAUAACUUAUUUUGAAAGUGAUACUUUUAAAAAUUUGUUUGAACGUCUUAAUACACAAAUUAAUAUUUUUAAUUUUUAUAAUGAAAUUUUACGAAGUUGGUUGCUGGAGCAACCGGAAGAAAUUGAAGAUAUAAUAGAAUUGAUAUUUAAUCUAAUGAAAUACGUGAGUCAUUCUGAAAAAAACGAAAUUUUGAAGUCAUUAACAGAGUUUGACGAUAUCAUAAUAACAAAAAGUAUCAUACAGUGUGCUUUAUCUAAAAAACAUAGGAAUGAUGAGAUAGUAAAAAAAUGGUGUUCACAGUCUAAGAUUACUGCUACAUUGAUAGAUACAGCAAGAAACAUUGCUUUAGACAAUGUUUAUUUUAAUCUGAGAAAAAAUCAAAAUCUUAUUUUAUUAUCUUUUGAAGCUUUAGAAGAUAGUAAUUUGUUAAUAAAGGAACAAUUUAAUGAGAUCAUAUCUAUACUUUGCAAGUCAUUUUAUAGAAUAGAUGAAACAUGUUUGUUGGAUUUCAUGAACUUAAUUUGUUGUAUAGUUCCAUUAGCAUGGUCUCACAAGGAAACAACAAUGGGAGCGAUACAAAUAUUAGAAACUCUUUUCGAAUUACGUUUGGAUAAUUAUUUCAGUUAUAAUUCUGCUUUCAUUGAUUCAAUACGAGAUGUAUGGACAAAAAGUCUCUUGGAAGCAAUCCGAAAAUUAUCACAAUCCGAAUUUAUUAGCUUAACUAAAAUGUUUGCAAUAUCUAUAUGGAAAAAGAUAUAUAAUCUAAAUGAAGAACAUAACAAAGAAAUAUUAGUCGAUGUAGCAGUUGAUUUUGUUGAAAUUAUACUUGAUGAUGAUGUUUCCUAUGCAGAAGAAAUUAUUUUAGCAUUUUUAACGAAUUCUGAUAUAACAACAUGGAUAGCUGAAACUACUGGUAUAAUUAUAUAUGGUGAAGUAAUAACUGGUGAAUUGCAUGUAUCAUCUCUUGAUCAAAACAUACAAAUUCGUCAGAAAUGUAUGUCUAUUGAUUUAACCAAUGAUACAAUAACAGAUAAUACUGAAAAUUGUUUGAAAUGGGCACUGUUUAAUGUGAAUAUAUUAAAUAAUCUAUACUUGAAAUCAAUUAAUAAAUAUAAAUCAGAAGAAUCUAAUAUUGAAAAAUUAUUGAUACACAAUUUAGAUUUGCCGGGAGUUAUAAAUUUAUUAAUUGAUAUUAUACAUUCGAUUAUUUUGGGCGAAAUUUAUUCCAAAUAUUAUAAAUCUACUAAGUGUUAUGAUAAUGUGAAUAAAACUUUAAUGAUUCUACAAGAAAGUUUUAAACAGUUGCAGAUAUAUGUUAACGAAGAUACAUUUAAUAAAAUUUGUGACUAUAUAGCAUUAAACUAUUCGAAAUAUGGAAGUAUGCUAUCAUAUAUAAUAUAUUUUUGCUGCACAAAGUUAUGUUAUAUCAAACAGCCACAGGAAUUAUUUGAAAAAUAUAAAAAUAAAAACAUAUUUGCUAUAAACGAAGAAAUAAUGCUUCAAAAUUUACAAAUUCUAUCCAAAUUUCAAAAUUGGGAUAACAUUUUGGAUACGUGGAUACCGAAUAAUAAUAUUUCUAAAUUAAUACUAAUAAGAAGCAUGUUGAUUAAACAAGAUGAUAUUUCAAAGUGCUCUAAUAUUUUUGAGGAACAUUCUUCAUUACUAGAUUGUGAAAUUUCUCAAAUUUCUUGGGAUAAAUUAAAUUUAUCUUUAGAACUUAUAAAAUUAUUGACAGAAGUCGUAAAGAAAAUUCCAUCUAAGUUAACAUACGAACAUUGGAAUUUUAUUCUGACGUCUUUAGUCCUAUUGCCGCUUUCUAUUGCGAAAUCAAAACAAAAUGUUACUGAUUUUAAGGCAUCUAUAUCGACAGUAGCUAUUUGUCAACUUUAUUAUGCGGUCCAAGAUUUAAUUAACAAGUGUGAUCAGAAAAAAACAACAGUAAUAUCACCGAAAAUAUUAGAUGAAUGGAAGAAUGUUUUUAUCAAUGAUAUACAAAGUGGAAUUAUUCAAUGUUGGAUGCUUUAUGCAGAUUCAUACAAUGAAAAAACAACAGCUUUGAAAUCUGUUGUAUUAUUGGAUCAUUUAGGAAAGGCUAUGAAAAUAGUUGAUGGAAAUAUAAUUUUCAAAAGUCAUAUAUCUCUUACAACAACUGUUGAAUUGGCAUUGAAAUUACUUCAAUCUCCUGUAGCCAGUAUACAAUUAAGCGCAUAUCAUGUAUUAAAGCAUGCAGUAUUAAAGCUUGUACAACAAGAUCAAGACACAAUAGAAUUAGAAAAUUUCGACAUAAAUACUUUGAACAUUAAAAAAGUGGAAGAAGUACUUCAGAAUACGCAAAGUAUCGUGAAUACUAUUCUAAUGGAUUUUAAAUUAUGUGAUACUGUAAGCUGUACUAUUCAACCACAUACUGAUGCAUAUACUUAUACUAUUGGAUAUUUAUUGUCAUGGGCUAUCAUUUUAGAUAUGUGUGCAAAUGCUCAUGAAGACUUACUAUAUCUAUAUGCUGAAAUACUCAAGGAUAACUUCUUUCCUAAUUUAUUAGAUAACAUAUUCCGACUUAUGCCAGUAGAAAUACUUCAAGACAAUAUAAACAAGAGUGCUAAAUUAAUGGAAAUAUUUUCUACUGAACCAUCUCUAAAUUUUGGCGAAAGUUGGACGGAAUGGAGGUUAGAUCAUAUUGUAUGUUGGAUAUACACGAACAGUUUGAGAUAUUUACCAGUAUUGGUAAGACAAUGGUGGAACACUGCUGAUAGUAAAGUCAGUGUUGCCAUAGAUAAAAUCACAACUCAUUAUGUUAGUCCUAUGCUUUGUCAAGAAGAACUUCUUAAGAAUAAAUUGCAUAACAUUGAAAAUAUGCAAGUGAAAGUACAUCCAACAUUUCGUGAAGUGAUAGCCUUAUAUCAAAUGGAUGAUACAAAACUGGAACUUAAUAUUAUAUUGCCACCUAAUCAUCCACUGGGAUCAAUUACUGUUGAAUCUGGACAACACGCAGGUGGUACAGCAAAUUGGAGGAAUUGUCACAUGCAGUUGUCUAUAUUUCUGACACACCAAAAUGGGUCAAUAUGUGAUGGACUUGCAUUAUGGAAAAGAAAUUUAGAUAAGAAAUUUGCUGGUGUGGAAGAAUGUUAUAUAUGUUUUAGUAUUUUUCACAUGAAUACGUAUCAAAUACCAAAAUUAUCUUGUCAUACAUGUCGCAAGAAAUUUCAUACUGCAUGUUUGUACAAGUGGUUUAGUACAAGUCAAAAAUCCACGUGUCCAAUUUGUAGGAAUACAUUUUAAUCUGUUUAUUAUACUAUUUAAAAUAAGUAUUAAAAUUAACACUAAAUUUACGGCAAUUUCUUUUAUACCUAUUUCUAUGGAUAUUCGUCAAAUUAACGGGUGAAUGAAAAUACGCAUAUUCCUUAAACAUCGAUUUAAUUAUUUUAAAAACAAUUUAAUCCUAACUAUUAACUUAUGAAUUUAGUUAUAUUAUGUUAUAUAAUUAUAAAAUGUUUAUUAUAUUAACAUUAUACAAUAUACGCAGUAAACGCUUUUGACAAAGUAAGAUAAACUCUGAAACCAUAUGAUCCAUUGAAGUACCGUCGCGGUUCAUUUGAGAUAUCAUUCAAAACAGAAAAAUGUGUUCAUCGUAUUAUGAUUUCUACUUUUACAUUAUUUUUAUAUUUAUUAUUGGAAUAAUAAUUUCACGAAUGAAACAAAUUUAUUGGGAUUAUUUAUGAAAUUAGUUAAUCCGUCAAUUUAAUGGGUGUUCGUAGAGAUAGAUAUAUCACGAAUAAAACUUUAAAAUUAAAACCUUAAAAAACUUUUAAAAUUAGAGGUUAAUUAAUGACCUCGGAUAUAAAUUCGAAAUAGUAUUAAUAAAUAUUAGCAAAAAAUGCCAGGAAAAAAUUGUAAAAAUUUUUUAAAUUUGCUCACAAAAUCAGAAAUCCGUCAAAUAGACACGAGUCGUAAAUCUAGUAUUAACGAUAGAAUUAGAUUUACUAUGUAUAAAUUUUCUGUCCAUUAUAAAUUAUGUAUAGAAAUAAUAAAUUUAAAUUAAUAAUAAA